GUGCGUCGGGGGCGGUAGACACCGCCAGCGGCGUCAUCACGGCGGAGAGCGCGCCGAGUGUUGCUCAGCGCAGCGCGGGGGACGAGCAGGGACGCCGCCGCGAACUGGUCGGCUUAUUCUUGAAGUCGGAUUGCGCUGCAGCGAGGAAGAAAAAUUGCAAUUCGUGGACGCAUCCUACCGCAGCGUCGAGGAAUGCCUGCGAGGAGAACAAAGCGAAACUGCUUAGUAUAUGCGCGGCUAAUGGGUUUUG